AUGAGAUGGCGAUUAAUCUAUUCAGGAAGCAAAUCGGAGACAAGCAAAGUCAAAUUAGUUUUUGAGAGACACAUCGUGGAAUUGCAAAACAAGAAGGAUGAAAUAAUGAAUUCUAGUGGUGGUGCCGGAGGUGACAAUAUUUCUGUUGGCACCGAAACUCAAUUACAGAAUGAACUUAUAGCGCUGAAGGGUUUAUAAAGGAUCUUCAAGACAGACUAAGUUCAAAAGAUGAAGAAAUUAUAAAGUAUCAAACGCUAUUGAAAGUCGACAGAGACAAGCAUAGUUUAGCAGCUGCAAGUUUGCAAGAAGAGCUACAAAAGCUGAAAGCCUGCCUUCUGGAGGAAAAGCAUAAGAAUGAAAGUCAGAAAGAGACAUUUGCAAAACAGCAACCCAAUAGAGCUGCUUUGGAACAGUAUAUUUCACAGGUGCAUGCACUGGAAAAGCACACCUCAGAGUUGCAUACCAAGAUAUCAAGCUUGGAAGCCCAACUUCAAUCCAGCAGAGAAGAGAACGUGAGGUGGAUGUCUUUGGCCAAUGACAGACUCAAAGCCAUGGAGGAACUGCGAAACAGGU